UGAAAUAAGAAAAUGGGUAUGCAUCAAUCUCGUGUCAAUUCAUCCACAAACACAGCUUAUUUUGGCGAAGAUGUUAACUUUGAUCAUUUUCAAAUACUACGUGCAAUUGGAAAAGGAAGUUUUGGGAAAGUAUGCAUAGUCCAAAAAAAAGAUACUGGCCAAAUGUUUGCGAUGAAAUACAUGAACAAAUUACAAUGUAUCGAACGUGAUGCAUUAAAAAAUGUUAUCCGUGAAGUGAAUAUACUUACAAAAAUUGAACAUCCAUUUAUUGUUAACUUAUGGUUUACAUUCCAAGAUGAAGAGGAUCUUUUUAUGGUGUUUGAUUUAUAUAUGGGUGGUGAUUUACGAUAUCACAUAAAUCAAUCAAUCAAAUUCAAUGAAUCUACAAUAGUUUUAUACAUCUGUGAAUUAGGCCUAGCUUUAGACUACCUACAAACGAAGCAUAUUGUCCAUCGUGAUAUUAAACCUGAUAACAUUUUAUUAGAUAACGAUGGACAUGUGCAUUUAACUGAUUUUAAUAUUGCAACGGAACUAGAUCAAAAUCAAUUAGCAACGUCAAUGAGUGGAACUAAACCGUAUAUUGCACCCGAGAUCUAUGAGUGUGCUAUUGAAAUUGAGCUAGAUUAUGCUGGAGCUGAUAAUGCUGGAAGUGGAGGAGGUGGUGCGAAUACUACUACAACAGCGAACAAUGUUGGUACAUGUGUCGGGUAUAGUUAUCCAGUGGAUUGGUGGUCAUUGGGUGUGGUAGCAUAUGAAAUGUUAAAUGAUGGAUGCCGUCCAUUUGAUAUACAUUCAAAUACAUCGAUAGCGGAUGUUCGUACGUUAUUUGUUCAAGGCGUGGAGUAUCCGAAUACUUGGUCAAAUGAUAUUGUUGAUUUAAUCAGUAAACUAUUGUGUCUAUCACCUGGAGAACGUAUCACAAAUAUUCAAGAACUAAAACAACACACUUGUAUAAUAAACACGUACAAUAUAAAAAAUAUGGAUAUCAUAUUAAAUAAACAAUACAAUACAGAAAUAUUUAUACCUGAAAAAGGUCAUCUAAACUGUGAUCCCACAUUCGAAUUAGAAGAAAUGAUUAUAGAACAACGUCCAUUACACAAAAAGAAAAAACGUUUAGCAAAACAACGUUCAUUAACAAAAAAUAAUCCACCAACACCAAAUAACUACUGUCAUCAUUAUUACGUACAUCAUUAUCAUCAACAAUACGAUAAUAUGUUAUACAUACCUGAGUAUCGAGUAUAUAACCGGUAUCAUGAAUUACAACGACGCGAAAUGGAACAAAAAGAAUUAGAAUGGGAACAUGAAUUAUUAGAAGCAAUGAAUGCAUCUUCCACGUCAACUCCUGCACAAACAACGUCAUCAUCUUUAUCACAAAUCAAUAUUGAUAAAACAAAGAAUUUAAAACAGUGUUUUAGUUGUUCAUCAAUUAAAUUAAAUAAUGAAGGUCCUCGCGACGAAAUUAAAUGUCAAUGUAAUUGUCAGUUAGGUUCAGAAGAACAAUCGUCAGCCUCAUCUGUAUUAGUACAUGAUAAAAUUGAUUAUAUUGAUCGAACACCAUCUCCGAAGACAUCAAUUAUUGAUAAUACAUGAAACAUGAUGAUUAUUAUUUAUUUUUCGGCAAUUGUUGAAGUGUGAUCGUGUGAUGUUGCACUUUAAAAAUAAUACAACUUUCUGCCACUAGAUGUCACGAACCAAUUUAGAUAGUUAUCGAAUCACGGUAUUGUACACAAAUUUUGACACUUUAUACCAUAUUGUUAAACCAAGAGUUAUGGUUUUAUAUUUUUUUGUUGUAUCUUAUUCUUGAUCAUUGAAAAUAUCUCAAAUAUUCUAGUAGUAGAAUAUAUAUCUUCAUUGAAACUUGUAUUCCUCUAGGAAUUACUAGUGACAUAGGCAGGUUUUUAAAGGGGGAAAGUGAUUUAAAAGAGAAUUCCAAUGUGAGAUAUUGUAAUUACUUUUUUAGUAAGACCUAUUAUAGAAAUAUUGGACGAAAAUCCCUGUUUUCAUCGGUGGUGUCAAGAUUUGUUUACCGGAAUACGUUUCUAAAUUAUUGAUGUUUCUAUUUGUUUGAGAAAUUAUUAUAUUCAAAUUCUCUAAUCAUAUUUUGACAAUCAUAUGUUCGCUCCCCCCCCCCUCUUCAAUUCUU